AAAAAAAAAAAAAAAUCUACACAUCUUCUGUAUAUCAGCAAAAUUCCAAUGGGGUUUCGCUCAAAUCCUUUAUUCAUAAAACAUUUCCUGCAAAAAUCCGCUAAAAGAUCAAAUCUUUCCACUGUUCCUUCGAGCGCACCAGCUGUUUGUGAAAAUGCCCAAGUCGGACAUGAAACUGAAAUAAUCUGCCAACUGGUAACCAAGGUCGGAAAUGCAAGAGAUCUCGACUCCGCUUUGAAUUCCGCCAAUUUAAGCGACCAAUUACCCCCACAUUCGAUUUUCCAAGUUUUGAAGAAGCUCAACAAUUCCGGAAUCAUGGCGCUCUCGUUUUUUCGGUGGGCUGAAAACAGGACGAGUUCUCGACGACACACCACCGAGUGCUACAAUGUCCUGAUCGAAUCACUGGGCAAAAUCAAACAGUUCAAAAUGGUCUGGUUAUUAGUUGACGAGAUGAAAUCAAAGGGCCUCCUCUGUAAAGACACUUUUGCCCUCGUUUCGCGGCGCCUCGCGAGGGCGAAGAGGGUCAAAGAGGCCAUCGAAGCAUUCGAGCGGAUGGAGAAAAAGUACGCCUUGAAACCCGAGCUGCAAGAUUACAACAGGUUGCUCGAUACCCUGAGCAAAUCCAGACACGUGGAGAAUGCACAAGAGGUGUUCGACAAAUGGAAAAACACAAGAUUCACACCCGACAUCAAGUCCUACACAAUACUAUUGGAAGGGUGGGGUCAAGAGUGUAAUUUCCUCAGGCUCGACGAGGUUUACCGCGAGAUGAAGGAGGACGGAUUCAGUCCAGAUAUCGUGAGCUACGGUAUUUUAAUCAACGCAUAUUGCAAAUCAAGAAAGUACGAAGAAGCAAUCGAAUUGUACCACGAAAUGGAAAGAAAAAACAUGAAGGUGACACCUCACAUAUACUGCACUCUAAUCAACGGAUUAGGUUCCGAGAAGAAAUUAAACGAAGCCAUCAAGUUUUUCGAGUUAUGCAAAGGUAGUAGCGAUUGCGUAAUCGAAGCUCCAACUUAUAACGCUAUGGUGGGCGCUUAUUGCUGGAGUGAGAGGAUGAACGAAGCUUACGGCGUGGUUGAAGAGAUGAGGAAAUGUGGGGCCGGCCCCAAUACGAGGACAUACGAUAUUAUCCUGCACCAUCUUGUAAAGCAUAAAAAAACGAAGGAAGCGUAUAUCGUGUUUCGGAAAAUGAACGGCGAACCGGGUUGCGAGCCGAGUGUGAGUACUUACGAGAUAAUCGUUAGAAUGUUCUGCAAAGAAGGGCGAACGGAUAUGGCUUUGGGUGUAUGGGAAGAGAUGAAGGGUAACGGUGUACUUCCUGGUAUGCAUAUGUUUUCGGCUUUGAUUAACGGCCUUUGUAACGAUAAUAAGCUGGAUUGUGCGUGUAAGUAUCUUCAAGAAAUGCUCGAUAUGGGUAUGCGGCCACCCGAUCGAUUGUUUAAGCAUCUGAAAAAGAUUCUUCUCGGUGAGGGGAGAGAAGAUAUUGUCAUUAUAUUGGCUCAUAGAAUUGAGAAACUAAGGAAUAUUCCCUUAAUUGGUUGAGAAAGAUUUCUAUAUACUAAUACACUAUUUUUGUAA